UGAGUCUGCAGCGCGGCUCAGGCGCGCAAAAGUCUCCCUUCGUGGUCGCCCCUCCCGACCCGGGGAAGCCAGCAACAGUCACGUGGCUCCCUCUCUCCGCCGACUCGCCGGUGGUAACGUGAGGCGGCAACGGGGCGGAUCCGGAUCCCGCGCAAGCGAAGGAUAGCAGCUUGCUCGCCCUUCUCCUCAUCAGUGCUGCAGCGCAAUGUCGAACGCCCUUAAACGGGCCCGGCCCACCAGCUCCCCCGAUGGCUUCCAGACGCCUCAAAAGCGCGGCGUUCCCGCUGCGGAUUUGGCGGGUUCCGUUAGCCUCCAUCCUCGGUCCUGGGAUACGGAGCAGCUGUGCGCCUUCCUUCAGACUCAGGGCUUGGAAGCUGCGGAGCUGCAAUGCUUUCGAGGUGCGCGGGAAAGCCGAACAUAAAAUAACUGGUUCAACUGUACCAUAUCUCACUGAAUCUCAUCUUGAAAAAAUGGGAAUUUGUGCUGUAGGAGUGAAACAGAAGCUGCUAAUCUGUGUGCGCAAACUGGCACAAAGUCAAAGUUACACUGAAAUAACAAAGGUAUUUAAUGAUCCAAUCCAUGGUCAUAUUGAAAUGCAUCCUCUUCUUGUUCGCAUCAUUGACACACCUCAAUUUCAGCGUCUACGAUAUAUUAAACAGUUGGGUGGCACUUACUAUGUUUUCCCAGGAGCAUCACACAAUCGCUUUGAACAUUCUCUUGGCGUUAGUCAUCUCGCAGGCCGUUUGGUGCAGGCAUUGCAAGAACGACAACCUGAAUUGAAUAUUGAUCAGAGGGAUAUUCUCUGUGUUCAAAUUGCUGGACUUUGUCAUGACUUGGGCCAUGGACCAUUUUCACAUAUGUUUGAUGGAAGAUUCAUUCCACUUGCUCGCCCAGGAUUGACAUGGAAGCAUGAGCAGGCUUCCGUUCAGAUGUUUGAACACUUAAUUGAUUCCAAUAACUUAAAACCAGACAUGGAACAGUAUGGUCUCAAGCUUGAUGAAGACAUACAUUUUAUCAAAGAACAGAUAGCAAGUCCUGUUGAGGAGGAAAGGGGGGACAAAGAGUGGCCCUAUCAUGGUCGUUCCAAAAACAAGAGUUUUCUUUAUGAAAUAGUGGCUAACAAAACAAGUGGCAUUGAUGUUGAUAAAUGGGACUACUUUGCUAGGGAUUGUCAUCAUCUUGGAAUUCAAAACAAUUUUGACUAUGAGCGCUUCAUUAAAUUUGCUCGGGUGUGCCAAGUGAAAGAUAUGAUGCAUAUUUGUACCCGUGACAAGGAGGUUGGAAAUUUAUAUGACAUGUUCCACACACGAAACUGUCUGCACCGCAGAGCAUAUCAGCAUAAAGUUAGCAACAUUAUUGAAACCAUGAUUACUGAUGCCUUUCUAAAGGCUGAUCCACAUAUCAAAAUAAAGGGCUCAGGUGGAAAAGUGUUCCAGAUCUCUACAGCACUGGAAGACAUGCAAGCCUACACCAAGCUGACAGAUGAAAUCUUUUUGAAGAUUCUACAUUCUGAUGAACCAGAGCUGAGUGAUGCACGCGAAAUUCUGUGUAAAAUACAGCAGCGCGAUCUCUUUAAAUGCUUGGGAGAAACGCAGCCACCAGAGGGCAAGGAAAUUAAAAAGGAAGAUUAUGAUGGAUUGUGUGCUGAAAUUGUUAAUUCCAAACCUAAGACAAUCUCUGAAGAUGUGGAGCUGAAGGCUGAAGAUUUUAUUGUUCAUGUUAUUGAUAUGGAUUAUGGAAUGAAAAAAAGGAACCCCAUUAACAGUGUUCGUUUUUACUGCAAGACUGACAUCACUCAGGCAGUUAAAAUUACAAGAGAACAAGUUUCAAAGCUGCUCCCAGAAAAGUUUGCAGAGCAGCUCAUCAGAGUUUAUUGUAAAAAAAAGGAUGCAAAGAUAAUUGAGGCUGCUACAAAAUAUUUUAUUCAGUGGUGUAUGGAUAAGGAUUUCACUAAACCACGGGAUGGUGAUGUGGUUGCUCCAGAACUUACUCCAAUGAAAAAAGGGUGGAAUAAGGAUGAUGAAAAUCAGGAUUCAAACAGGAACAGUAGUGGUUUAAAGUGUAAAGUAAAUUUAAAUUUUUAAGUGAGUUAGUAUAUGCCUUUAAUUCUCUGUGUGUGUAUGUAUUCUAGCCAAACUUUCUUCAAAAGGUAUACCGUAAAAUUACAGAGUAAGCCUGCAUAGUGCCUUUGAAAAACUGCAGUGGAAAAUGCCUGUAGACUUUUUCACAAAAUGGUACAUUAUUGUGAUUUUGAGAAAGCUCAAUAAUUUAUCAACACUAUUUUAGUGUUAAUUUAAGAUAAAUAUCACUUUUCUAUAUAGCAAACUUACAAAAAUGCCUCAGGGUUUAAAAAUCAAGAAACUAACAGGUAGAUUUCAGUUUUACAAUAUAAAUCAUUUUUCUAAAAUUAUCUGAAUAUUUCGUUGAAUCCAGCAUUGGCUUUAUAAGUGUAAAUUCUCUAAAUUUGCACAAGGAGGGGUAACCAAUUUUCAUUUGGCUUUAUCUUCUCCUGAACUGUUUGAAAUGUGCCCCACAUUUCACAGAAAUGCUUCCUUAAGGGAUGGGGAGAUUAUAGUAAGUAGGCCUAAGUUAUUUUUAUUUACCCAUAUUUUUUUGGAGUAUAAAAUGCUCCGGACUAUAAGACACACCUACCUUUUUUGUGGAGGAAAACAAGAAAAAAAAAUCUGCCUCUGCCUCCCAGCAAUUUGCCUCCUUGCAGCAAACAGCCUGUUUCAGUUCAUUUUCAUUUUCAGCACAGCCUGAUUAGCAGAAGAAAAAAAAUCUUCCUUCCAACAAUUUGCCUCCUCACAGCAAACAGCGGAGGCCCGCAGAGGCAGCAAUAGGCAAUGGCAAUCCCUGCAGCCUGAAACAGCUAAUGGUCGGGAGGCUGAUCCAACCGACAAUCAGCUGCUUGUGUUAAUCAGGUUGUGCUGAAGCUGAAACGGGCUGUUUGCUGCAAGGAGGCAAAUUGCUGGGAGGCAGAGGCCAAAGGAUGGGUGCGUGGGGCUACAUUCAGUGUAUAAGACACACCCAAAUUUUUACCCUCUUUUUGGGGGGGAAGGUGCAUCUUGUACUCUGAAAAAUACGUUAUUUUGUGUCCAGAUCAAACCUUAAACUUCCAAAAUGAGGCUACCUUUUUGAGCAGAAACAAAUCAUUUUUGGUGCAUUCUACUGGUAGUAAAUCACAGACUAACAAAUGGGCCAGACUCUGCCUCUCCUCACUUUCAUACUGCAUAUUGUUAUCUGCCAUCAACCCCCACCUGAGCAUGUUGGUCUUACUUUUAGGCACUCCCACUCUCAAUGUCUUCCGAGUAACAUCAGGAGAUCAAAUCCCUCAACCGUGUUCUCUUUUGAGAUUAUUUCUUGUUCCAUGAAUACUGUCCUCCAUCUUCUAAUAGAGUUUUGCUCCUGCCAUAAAACCUCUUCCUAGAUCUAAGUCAAAGAGUUUGGGGCACGUAUCCAUUCAGAGGAUGUCAGAGAUCAUUCAUUUGGUUCUCUCAGCAUCUGCUGCUACUUCUCUCCUAAUCCUAGGUGGAGCAAUACCAGCAAGAGGAUACAUUUUCUCAAUUGGGGUGGGUUUAGGGCAUCCUGUCACUGUGUGUACUGCUUCAUUGACAGUGAUGUCGACUAGCUUCACAUGUGGAUGUACUCCAUUCUGGAGCAGCAUAUUCUGCUGCAGAAAUCCUCUGGGCCAAAACCAAUAUCUGUGGUGUAGAUGGCUGAGCCACCCCCACCCCCCAUGUAUACUUUGACAACCUCAUGAAAAUGUUAUUCCUCAUACUAACUUUAGCCUUAGUAUUCAGGCAGUGUUCUUUAAAUUAAAAAUUAAAUUAAAAAUUGGAUCAUUAAUGUUCACAAGUAUAUUGUUUCCACUAGUGCAAACCAUCAACUGUGAAAUGAACCAGUGAAUAAAACCCAUAGCUUUAUAUAUAUAUUCUGAGUAAAUAUAUAAAAUAAACUUAAGUGGGGGGAAGAUCUUGUGCUACUUGCUUGAAAUUCAUAUAUUUUCUGUAUGAAGGGAUUAUUACAUAAUUCCUUAACUCUUAGAUCAUGACAGCUGGUGAAUGUAUAUUGAUUUAGAGCUAAAUAUUCAUUAGCACAACAAUAUUACUAUAUUUUAAAGUUAUGAAUAUUUUGAUCAAUAUUUUAAUAAAAGAAACAAUUAUAAAACAA